UAUUUAUUAUUUUUAAAUUUCCAAGUUUAAAUUUAUACAAUUAAUUCUCAAAAUUUGUUUUUUUUUCUCCGUGCUUAGUGUAUGAGUACUUCAUUCGGAGCAACCUAAUAAUAGUUGAGAGAUUUACAUCACAAAGAAAAUGGCUCCUCGUAUUAAGAAGACAACAUUCCAAUGCUUGAAAUGUUUUAAGAGAUUCUUAAAUCGUCAGCAUUUUGCGUCACAUUUACUAAGGCACCGAGAUGAAAACAAGAGAAAAUUGUGUCGAUAUUGUACCAUGUCAUUCAGGUCGUCUAAAUUAGCACAAUGAAGCUCAUAAAAGAGGAGUUAUAAAAUCCAUGAAAUUUGAUCAAAGAGGAAGAGGGCUACGACUGAAUGCUUUCCCUUUCUCUGAAAUUGAAGCCUUUCAAGGCUUUAUGAAAACUUACAAAUUUAGAAAUACACAUGAGGAUAAUAAUAUUAUUUCUGUUAGGGAUUUUUUUAAUAGAUUUAAGUUUAAAAUUAAUCAGAUUCUAUUUCACAAUGUUUCAAUUUAUAAUAGCAUUAAGUUUCAAAUAACGCUUUUGUGUAAAUUUAAACGUAUGCAUCCAAGCGUGGAUGAAGAAGAGGUAGAAUUCAUGGAAACAACAGAACAAUAUUUUAAUUCUUCUCUUAAAAUUAUCCUCAGUCCCCUCUACAUUAAUAGAAUCUUUUGUGACAUGGUUAAUGAAAUCGAUAAUAAUGUGGAAAUCUUCGAACGAAAUGGCAGUGGUUGGAUAUUAGAUGAAGUGAAAGGCUGUGACAUACGAACAGCUCAGUUUGAAAUAUUAAAGGGUGGAUGUUCGUGCAUCAUUCCCAGCCAUCUGAAAAAUAAGAAUGCCAUUGUGAAUCCCGAUAAUAAGGAAAAUGAUUGCUUUGUUUCAGCUUUUCUGAUCUGCAUGCACGGAGAUUCAGUAGAUAACAGGCAUCGUGGAAGAAUAUCUCAAUAUGAAAAAUUUAAAACUCACUACGAUUUCUCUUCGUUAAAGUUUCCAACAUCGUUGAAAGAUAUCAUAGCAUUCGAAAAGCGGCACAAACAUAUUAAAAUUGGUAUUAAUGUGUUUGGUAUUGAUCAAGAAGAGCAGCUUAACGUUUUACGCCUAACACCUCAUGCAAAUAGCAGAACGCAUAAAAUCGUAAACAUUCUUGGGUUUUGAGUUUAAAACUCAAAAGGUUUCUGUUCCUUCAGUCGUUGAUGGAAAAAUUCCAUUCUGCUCUUUUGAGAGUAAAAAACUUAGUAAUAAACUAAAGUGUAACUUUGUGAUGUAUGGAGAUUUUGAAGCAAUACUCACAGACUAUAAUACCAGUACGACCUCAAUAGAUAAACACGAAAUUUCAGGAUAUAAUCUUGCAGUAACUGGCCCAAAUAAGAAACUGGUUCAUACAUCGAAAUAUCGUGGUCCAAAUAGCAUUGACAAAUUUAUAGAUGAAGUGAAUCUACAAGCUAGCUUUUGCAUACAAAGGAACAAAAUCCAUAUCGCUAUGAAACAACUUUCUCUAGAGGAAGAAUAUGAUUUUUCUAUGGCAGAUUCCUGCCACAUUUGUGAGCAUGAUUUUGAUCACCAAUCUAUAAAAGUUCGAGAUCAUGAUCACAAUACUGGAUUAUUUAGAGGAGCUGCUCAUAGAGAAUGUAAUUCUUCGUAUAUUCAAAAAGUCAAAAUCCCUGUACUUAUGCAUAAUUUUAGAAAUUAUGACUCUCACCUGCUGUUAAGUUCAGCAACGAAAUUUGGUUCUGGGAAUACGUUCGUUAUCCCUCAAAACUCUGAAAAAUUUAUAGGCAUUAUUUGUGAUAAGUUCAUGUUCAUAGAUUCUUUCAUGCAUCUGCCCAAAUCUUUAGAUACUCUUGUAACAAACCUUCAUGCAAAACCCGAAGGCUUUGAUGACAAGUUUGGUAUAAUGAUACAACAUUUUUCAAAAGAACGGGCAGUAAAACUCUCAAGGAAAGGUGUCUAUCCAUAUUCUUAUUUCAGUUCUUGGGAUAAAUUUAAGGAAACCAAAUUUCCCGAUAUUUCAGAGUUUUAUAACACCCUCACUUGUGAAGGGAUUUCACAAGAGGAUUAUGAUUUUGGUAAGUCAGUGUUUGAAACCGAAUGCACUGACCUGGGUUCGUACCACGACAUAUAUUUAACAACAGAUGUACUUCUGUUGGCAUGCGUUUUUGAAAGCUACAGGGAUAUGGCAAUUUCUAACUUUAAGCUUGACCCUUGUCACUAUUUUAGUCUCCCAGGCUUCAGCUGGGAUGCUGCUCUUCUGAGCACAAAAGUUAAGCUAGAACUUCAAGCUAAUAGUUAACGCAAUUUUUGGACGUAGCAUGAUGAAUGUUAGGAAUCAGCAAAAUGUAUAUAUAGUUAAUAGUAUUGAAACAGCAAAAUAUUAUUCCAGGCUUUCGAACUUCAGAAAAUUUGAGAUUCUUUCUCCAAACUUGGUACUUGUUUUCAUGAGUAAACCUAGUAUUGUAUUGGAUAAGCCAAUAUAUACAGCGUUUUCGGUUUUAGAUCUCAGCAAGUUGUUUAUGCAGGUUUGGCAUUAUGACACGAUCAAAAAAUGGUAUGGAAUUAAAGCCAGGUUCCUUUUUACAGAUACGGACAGCUUAGCCUAUCAAAUUAAAACCGCUGAUCUUUAUGCUGAUUUAAGACUGGUGAAAAAUGAUUUUGACUUUAGUGAUUUUGACCACACUCAUCCACUUUAUUCUACAGAAAAUAAAAAAGUGAUUGGUAAAAUGAAGGACGAGAGUAACGGAAAAAUCAUGUAUAGUUUUGUGGGUGUUUCUCCAAAAAUGUAUUCCUUUGCAGGCAAGAAUAUCCAUAAGAUUGCUAUGAAAGGAGUCAAACAAUCUUUAGUACGAAAACAUGUAA